UAUUGGCAACCCUGUCAUUUUCUGAACAGGGAACAUAGCACAACGAACGAGCUGGAGCUAAACCGAUACUUUGCUUUUAAGCAAAAGAAAAAUAAUAAUUCUUGUCAAUUGCUGAUAAAAAGAACGUUUCCUAAAAAACAAAGAGAAAGGUAUUUCCAAUUGAUUAAUACAUACCAAUUUGCCAACUACUUGGUUUGUGUGUGUGUGUAAGCUUGUUGGUUUGUUGUUUUCACUUCGGUGUUUGGCUGUCAAAUCGUUUGGAGGACAAUGAAUGCGGUGGCGGCGGCUCAAGAAGAAACUAAACCUCCAAUUCUACAUAUUUUGGUAGUGGGAUUCCAUCAUAAGCUAGGAUGUCAGGUGGAAUUUUCAUACCCCCCUCUGGUGGCUGGUUCGUCGGGUAAAAAUGAAUGUCCCAGCGGUUGGAAGUAUUUGUCAACCUUGGCAUUGCCGGAUGGUUCACAUAAUUUUGUUGAAGACACGGUUUUCUUUAAUCUACCCAGUCUAACCGACCCCACGGAGAGUGUUUACGGGGUGUCGUGUUAUCGUCAGAUACCGGUAGAGAAGCUGAAAAUUCGCACGGCCGAUGUAACACGUAGUACGGUGCAAAAGUCCGUCUGCUGUCUGGCACGUUUGCCUAUUUAUGGCUACAUUGAGGUGAAGUUGUCAUUGAUCGCGGAUGCCUUCUUUGAGGAGGGCGAUUUUUCCAGCACCGAUAUUCUUGUCAAGGCCUAUGAACAACUCAAUGCAUGUCUGAUGGAUGGUGAUGAAUCACGACGAGCUCUGCGUCAUUUCCAUGUUGGCUUAUCUCUGCGUGAAAUUGUUUUGAAUUGGCGUCACAAGACGUUGCAACUUUUGAAGCUAUUUUUGUUACAAAGAAAAGUUGUGUGCUUUGGAUCUCCUGUGCGCGGUAUGUGUGCCCUGAUUUUGGGUAUAUCAUCGUUGAUACCACGUCUAUUGGAAAAGGGUUUCCAGGAAGUGGCAUGUGUAAGGACAUCACGGCCAUUGUCACCCAUGCCGGAUUAUACGGAUUCUCUGAUAAAGCCAGAGGAUUGCAACAGCAGUGGUGAUGCAAAAGAUGAGAAUGCAACAGCAACAGGAGAGGACGAUUGUUCCGAUAAUGCUGCUGGUUAUGAUGUUCAGGAAAAGUUGAGGAAAUUCUCAAAUGCCUCCUCGAAGAGUAGUGAAAAAUCAAGCCAUAAAAGUAGUUCAUCGCCAACAUCGGCGAUUUCGGCAGGUGGUGACGCAGCAGCAGAUGCAUCGGAAAAUCCAUCCACCCAGAAUGAUAAGAAUUUAGAGCGAAGUAGCUCAUUUACCAAAGAUAACAGCUUGGAUGCGUCAUCCACUUUGUCCUUUCUCACCACCAUUAAUCCCGACGAAUAUCGUGCCCCCAUUUCAAUAUUUGCCAGCGGUAAUCUUUGUUUGCCUUAUCUAUCCUUGCCAUACAUGGACUUGCUAACCGAUCCAUCGGUGUUGAGUUAUGUCAUCGGAACCUCAAAUGUGCUGUUCCAGCAAAGGCAACACUUGGCGGAUAUAUUGAUUGAUAUUGAAAAUGGCAAUUUGGAGGCGCGUGACCCGGAGUUGAGAAAACAGCUGGUCUUGAGUACAGAAGAUUUACGUUUUAUGGAUUAUAUACUGCGUCAUGUCCAAGUGCCUAAAGAAGAUGCCGAGGGUGGUAGUGAUCAGUGGAUACGACAACAAUUCCAGGGUUAUCUGUUGGCCUUGCUGCGUACCUCGGUUGCGGCCACAACCUCGGAAACAGCCGUGAAAGAUGUUGAUCAUUUUAAUGCGAAUUUUAUGAGUGCAUUUCAAAAGACCCAAUGCUAUCAGGAAUGGUUUGAUGUAAGGCCGGAUAAUGGGUUCUUUGAUCCUCUGCCCAUGGGGCAUCCAUUUUCGGGGGCGACACUCUCGGUUACGGAUGUAAAACUGAAAUUGGCCCAAACCAUGCAGAGCACAGAAAGCGGCCGCAAGAUAAACCAAGCCGUCAACAAUACCAGUCGAGCAGUGGGUGGAGCCUUAUCCCAGGCAAAGGGAGCAAUUUCUGUUUGGUGGUCAUCAAUGACCACAACAGCUGCCACAACAGGUGCCAGCAGUGCUGAGGUGCGUUUAUCCACUUCAGAUCAGCAAAAACAAGAUAUCUCAGUGACAUUCCAAAAUAGCGGUGAAUCAAUUGAGGAGGGUAUCAGUGUGCACACCGAAGAGAAAAUAAUCUUUUCCACUAAAAAUGGCGAGGAAACCAGCGACACCAAGGAGACAGAGGGCGGAGAAAAUGUUGAAAAAAUUGUCGAAAAGGCUGAAGAACUACGGGAGGGCAAUCAAAUCGAACCAAACAAAGUAAUGCAAAGUAGUGGCAUUGUUGAAAUUGGCAAAGAAGCUGAAGUGCUCAACAGGGAUGAGCAGCAGAUAGCGGUUGGUGAUCGAAAUAGCAACGGCAACAGUGUAUUUAUAGUUUAAGUGACACCUACCAAAACCGAAGUUCAAUUCUCAUAAAACACCACACACAUAAAUAUGUUAAGAUACAUUUUUUCUUUCAUGAAAAUCUGCCGAAAAAAAUAUGUUGCCAACAUUGUAUUGUGAAAGUUGUCUAUUGUCCAGAUUUUAUCUUGUGUUAUUUAUAUUGGCAGAUAUAUACAUAUUAUAUUGUCUAAGUUAGCUUUAUAUAUAUCCUAUAACGUAUGUGUAUAAGCGGUUUCUCAUUAAUUUCCCAUUAAAGAUGCAUUUGAAUACCGCAGUAAAUUCCUAGUGAUCAGAAAGUCAUUCUCAAUAUUGUGAGUGUGGGUCCUUCUAUCCUUUUGUAAUUAAUUGGCAAUGUGUUCUCUUUUUUUUGUAAUUUAUUGUGUCCUUUAAUCAUGUAACUUACACGUACACACACACACAUACAUUCACUCUAUUAUAUAACAUAUUUUGUAAUAUUUAUUUAUUAUUGUUUAUUAUUUAAAAAAUAUUAAUGUUUCGAAUAAAUAUGUAUUUAUUAUUAAUAAAGGUGUAACACAUGCAUACAUCAUUCCUUAUAUAAAA